GCCAUGGUGACGCAGUAACUCUCAGCAGCUGCAGUGGAAACUUUGGAGACAAAACUUUGUUUUAGCUGCAAGUGAAGAUGAACGCAGCAGUAAGACAGCAACACACCAAACCUUUUCUAACGGAAAUCACCUCCAAACGGAGGAAACGUACUCAGAACAGCAGGUUGAAGCAGCCGGACGAGUCUCAGUCAGAUAAAUCAGCUCAGAUUCUCUCCAAAGAAGAAAUAUCACUGUUCAGAAACAGUCUAAAGCAGAACGUCUGUGUGGAGCUGCUUCAAAGAGGCUUUCACAGGUCGUUCUCGGAGCUCUUCUCUCUGCUGGGUUUGGAUCAGGAUCGGAGGGCGGCGGCAGAGCCGGGAUCAGCCGCCAGGCUUCAGACGCCGCUGGACCAACAGUGGGACAAACUGGAGACCAUGAGGAUGCACCUGAGCUGGGCCGAGCAGGCUGAAAGCACCUGUUCCUGGACGGUGGCGUGUGACAAGCGUCUGUUUCUGGGUCGGUACUUCUCGGCUCCGGAGGAUCUCUGGCUCAGUCUGUACUUCUACAACAGCUGUGUAAACCGAGAGCGCGGAGGCUGCUCGAGACCGGUCAUCGAGGCCCGGGCGUGCAUGGCUGAGGUCUACCUGCAGCUAGGUGAGCUGGAGGAGGCGAGGCAGCAGGCGGAGCGGUGCAUCCGGCAGGCAGAUGGCGGCAGCUGGCUGGACUCAGACGGUCAGCUCCUAAGGCUCCGGGCCCGCAAAGCACUGUGUAUGAUCUACAGCCGGCUGGCCGACGCCCCGCUGGACGCCGCGGACUACAACAAUGCCCUGAGGUUGCUCCACAAGGGCUACAGCAUAGCUACUGAGUCUGAAGACAAACACUUGGAAGCGGAGGCCUCCUAUCAACUAGGACUGACCUAUCAGAGAGCAGAAGACCAUGACACCGCCAAGCAGUUCUUCAACACUUGCAUGCAGAUUUGCGGCACACUGCAGGAUGCAGACGGACUGGGGAAGUCCUACAAGGCUAUGGCCAAGUCUAUAGAGAGUGAGGGAAACAUAAAUGACACACUCCAGUGUCUGGAGACGUUGAUCGACAUCUCCCGUAGCAACGGGCUGCAACACAACCUGGCGGACGCCUUCCUGUGUCUGGGCAAUAUCUACUAUAGGACGAGUCAGUAUACGAGGGCUUGUGAGUUCUUCCUGCAGGGUUAUGACGUUGCCUGUGAGGUGGGAGAUGUGGCUCUGCUGCAGAAAGCACAGGUGUCGUUGGGCUGUGCUCGCGCUCACUCCCUGAUCGGGAAAUACAGCGAGGACGUGGAGUCGGCUUCGCCCGCCGCCCUGCGACGACUGGUGGCGUGGAAAGAGACCCGAGGACAUCGGGGCCUCAGUACCGAUGGUACUGCUACUGCCUGGUACUAACUAUCAGAUAACGAUACCGGUGAUAGUGUUCUUUAAAAGGGACAUAAGGAAACACCCAUGAUGAAUCUGUAGUACAGCUGUUUGAUAUAUUAUGUGUUUUAUACGCUGUAAAUGUGUCACAUGAUGUCAUUCCCUUGUUAACAGUCACAUUAGUGACAUAAUAAAUACAUAAGAGGCAUGUAAA